AACCUGAUGUUUCCGGUUCUUGUCAGUGAAACAGUCCGAUAAAGGUUCCCAUCUUAUAUCAGCUUGUUGGAGUUUGUCAUGUUAUUCAACCAGCGCUUUGCCGCAGCUGCCACCUUGGUCCUACAGGAGAUUUAAACUGUUGGUGCCGCCGUACCUCGUGAAAUAAGAUGAGAUUGCCACGACGGAUCCUUACACUACACACAGCACCUGGGAGGAGGGCAUCCUCAGCCCCUGCAGGUGUUGUUAACUUUGUCCCUGCCUGCAGCACCACUGACCUCCACUCCCUGGAGCUGCUGCAGGACUUUGUGACCCGAGCCAGACGCCUGUUUGUCAUCACUGGAGCUGGACUCUCCACAGAGUCUGGCAUCCCCGACUACCGCUCAGAGGGCGUCGGGCUGUACGCUCGCACUGACAGACGACCUAUGCAGCACGCAGAGUUUGUUCGCAGCGCAAAGUCCCGCCAGCGCUACUGGGCCAGAAACUUUGUCGGGUGGCCUCAGUUCUCCUCCCAUCAGCCAAACUCUGCACACAAGGCCCUGCAGCGGUGGGAGGAGAGAGGGAAGCUGCACUGGCUGGUGACACAGAAUGUGGAUGCUCUUCAUUCAAAGGCAGGACAGAAAGGACUGACAGAGCUCCACGGCUGCGCCCACAGGGUGAUGUGUCUCGGCUGUGGCGGCAUCUCAGCGAGGGCGGAGCUACAGAAGCGAUUUCUAGCACUCAACCCCGACUGGAGUGCACAGGCAGGCGGCGUGGCCCCAGACGGUGACGUGUUCAUCGAGGAUGAGCAGGUCCUUCACUUCCGGGUUCCCUCCUGUGAGGCCUGCGGAGGGAUAUUGAAGCCUGAGGUCACGUUUUUCGGAGAUUCUGUCAGCAAAGCAACGGUGCAGUUUGUGCACGACAGGCUGGCGGAGUCGGAUGCGGUGCUAGUCGUGGGGUCUUCGUUACAGGUGUAUUCAGGUUACAGGUUUUUACUGGCAGCAGGUGACAGGAAGAUGCCAGUUGCCAUCCUGAACAUCGGGCCCACGAGGGCAGACCACCUGGCCGAGCUGAAAGUGAGCGGCCGCUGUGGUGAGGUGCUGUCAGUCAUUCAACCUCUUUGACUGUCACGGACACACAAUUUAGAUAUUCUGUAUCAAGCUGGUCAAAAAACUACCUCAGAUUCCAACAGAUAACAGACAACAGAUACAGACCGCCUCAGCGUUUUGGCUGGGAGCAUCUAGACGUCUCUGCCAGGAGAAUUUGGUGCUAUUAUCAAAGUAACAAAAAAAAACUGACCUUAUCUAUUUUAUGCAGAACAGUUGAAUGUCAAAAUUGUCCAGAAAAAAAGUGUGCCUGUCCUGGAAAUCCUGGAAACUGAAUCAGAGAGAUGCCGACUCUCCUUGAAGACACGGAAAGACUACUGCUGUUCUGUUCGCAUUGCUCUGUGGGUUUAAGUAUGUACAGCAGAUUACACAGCAAGCGUGGCUCAUGGUCUGAAGGACCUGAGAUGAAAACUGUGUGAUGACAACUUGGAAGCUGAAGCCGCGUUGUUUGUCUCUGUUCACUGUAGCAGGUACUUUUAAACUAAACGAGCUGCCAGUUACACUGUAAGAUGCUGUACUGACAAAUCAGUUAAUCUCUCCUCUUGUUUGAGAAACGAAACUGCAGGAUGUUUGUUGAGUUCCAAGCAGGUAACAUACAACAGAGGAGUGAAGUUCCGGACACUUUCAAAAUGCGUUCAAGAGAAUAUAGCAUAUAUGGUGCAAUCAGCUGGUUUUUAACAGGGUGUGGUGUGCUCACCUUGGAGUGGCCAUGUUUCUAUUAGGUGAUGCUUAGAUUCUUGAGCAGUACACAAAACACUAACAUACAGAAUGGACCUCUUAUUAUUUUUUGUGAAUAAUGCUUAGCUGUUAAAGCGGCUGAGGACAAUAAACUGCGUGUUUUCAGAUGGAUGCAAAUGUUAGUGUUUGAAAUGUCAUAAUAAAAUCUUGUUGAUGGCGGUUCAGUUGCUAGCCAUAUUGCACCAUGUUUGGCUAUUGAAUGUCCAACUGAUGUUUAAGAUGCAGCUGUAUAAUAAACUUCACCGACAGUCCUGGAGCUGUUUCCCAACA